AUGCUAUCAUCGGCAAUCUACUUGGGUUCAAAAAUAGACACUGUUGCCGCACGUGUGUAUAUCCCCAGCGAGAACACGGUCAAGUUUGUCGCUGUGGUUCGCGUUAUUGAGGACGUGAUGUACGGCGACCGUCAUCACGUCGAUUCAGCUAACCGAGAUGAUGGUGAGUGGUUAUGGUUUGUGACCGAAGAAGUUGGAAAGCAAGACGACACAACAGCAUCUCGAGUGACGACGGCGUGGACAUGGAAAGCAUCCAUGAGUCUAACCAGAGCGUCGUACUUGACAAUUCGGGGGACGCAGAGACUAUUAUCCUUGCUACGGUUGCCUACGAAGCCUCCGUGGCUGAUGAGGAUCGGUCGGCAGACGUCGAUGAGAAGAACGAAGAUCACGACAACUAGGACGAUGGGUGAGAAUCACCAGGAUAUGAGUGACCAGACAAAUGAUGGUCAUGAUGAUGACGAGUCUGUCUCGGCUAAUUUUGGAUUGGAGGUGGACCCAGCAGACGAAGGUUCGAUCGCCGAUGCGACCGAGGAGGGCGAGGACGUAAGCGAUCCGACCGACGAGCAGGGAUCGACUCACGAGCAGGGCCCGAAGGUCAAGGAUCAUACGGAAAACAGCCGGAGCAAGGACUCACCUGACGAUGACAAUGCCGGUGCUGUGACGAAAAUGACCGCCACGGAACGAUCCGUGCUUGAGAAGAUCGUACUGCCAGAAGGCCUGCGAAAGCGAGUGGAGCGAGACGACACCUCGUCAGAAGCUGAGAAGAACCAGCUUGGAGAACGAAUGAAAGAACGUCGCACAGGCUUACGUCAGUAG